AUGGCGCUGCCGCUGCUGCCCGCGGCGGGGCUCUGCUGCAGCCGGGCUGUGCCCGCCGCUGCCCGUUCCCGUCAAUUCCUCCUCCUCUCGGCCGCGCCUCAGACCCAGUCCGGCUGGCUCGGCCUUCCGCCUCCUCCGCGGCCGGCAGCUCCCGGCUCUUCCCUCCGGCUGCCCCCGCUGCAGCCCCCCGCCCGGCCCUACAGCAGCGGCGGCGAAGAAGGGGGCAGCGGCGGGGGCCGCGGGAAGCGGAGCGUGGUGGUGGUGGGCGUCCCCAACCCCCUGAUGUGGCUCCGCACCCGCGCCUACUUCUUCCUCAUCCGCGCCUACUUCGACCAGGAGUUCAGCAUCCACGAGUUCACUCAGGGCGCCAAGCAGGCCUUUGCUCUUGUUUCGAAGUUGAUUUCCGAGUGUAAAUAUGAUUUGCUGGAAGGAUUGAUAUCUAAAGAGAUGCUUCAGGUGCUGAAAGAGAAGCUGUCUCGGCUAUCGGAGGACCACAGGAACGCCCUGGCUGCCGACGUGGAUGAAAUAAUGUACACCACAGCUGGAGACGUUGGCAUUUAUUACGACGAUAGCGGAAGGAAGUUUGUCAGCAUCCUGAUGCGUUUCUGGUACCUGACCAGCGCUGACCUUCCGGACGAGACUCCCGAUGGAACCAAAGUCUUCCAGGUUGUUUUUGGCGAUGAAACGACCAAGGAAACGAAGCGCCUCUUAACAGCAAACUACGAGUUCCGAAGAGAAUUUACCCAGGGUGUCAAACCGGACUGGCUGAUUACACGGAUAGAACACCCAAAGCUUUUAGAAUAAAUUCACCGAACACACAGUUUCAUGGACAAUUAUCGAUGUUUGGACAUAUCGAUCGUUUCAAGAUGGAAGCGAUGUAGUCCCUCGGGGCUAGUUUUGUACUUUUCUGAACACAGUAUACAGCUGUGAUGCCUAAUAAUAAAAUGUUUUCCACCAGA